GGCGGGGUCUGCGGCAAACGAGCUGCGGCGCUGGAGGAGAACAGCAGAAACCACCGCACGCAUCUCCAUCCAUCUCCCCACACCUGACCCACGAUUAUAGGUAAGACACGCUUCCAUCUAACGCUCACUCCUCUCCUGCACUGGAUAACCUCUGUUUGCGUCGGCUCUGUGUGUGCCACGUGCUUCGAUGUCCAUCAUGGUGCCCCCGCUGCUCCUCCUCCUCUCUGUCUGGUUGCCGGGCGACAGUUGCCGGGCGGCGGACAUUCCCGAGGACAUCACGGCGGAGUUUUCAGUCAGACUGUACCAGCGGCUGCAGGCCAGGGGUGACCAGGACAACAUCAUCUUUUCGCCCCUGAGCGUGGCAGUGGCCCUGGGCAUGGUGGAGCUGGGAGCCCGAGGUGACACGCUGGAGGAGAUCAGGCAGGCGGUGGGCUUCAGUCAGCUGGUGCCAGGAGUGGAGUUCUCUCUGCUCCAGAACCUGACCACAGCGCUGUCAGAGGACGACGCUCAGUACGUGGUGAGAUUUGCCAACAGCCUGUACCUGCAGCAGGGCGUGUCCUUCAGCCCGGAGUUUGUGCACCUCAUGAAGAAGUACUUCAGAGCACAGGUGGAGACUGUGGACUUCAACCAGUCUGCUGUAGUAGCCCAGCACAUCAACCACUGGGUGGAGAACCACACCGAGAGUAAGAUCCGUGAGCUGCUCUCCCCUGACGACUUCAGCAGUUUGACCCGCCUGACCCUGGUGAACGCAGUCUACUUCAGGGGCUCCUGGAAAAACCAGUUCAGACCAGAAAACACACGCACCUUCUCCUUCAGCCGCGACGAUGGCUCAGAGGUGCAGACGCUCAUGAUGUACCAGCAGGGGGACUUCUCCUACGGUGAGUUCAGUGACGGCUCCCAGGAAGCAGGCGGAGUGUACCAGGUCCUGGAGAUCCCAUAUGAGGGAGAGGACAUGUCUAUGAUGAUCAUCCUGCCGCGACAGGAGGUGCCUCUGGCCACACUGGAGCCCAUCAUCAAAGGCCCCCUGCUGGAGGAGUGGGCCAACAACGUCAAACGCCAGAAGGUGGAAGUCUACCUCCCCAAGUUCAAAGUGGAACAGAGGACCGACCUGAAGGACGUCCUACAGGAGCUGGGAGUCAAGAACAUCUUCAGCAAUAAUGCAGAUCUCUCUGGGAUGACAGACGGAAAGGACCUGUACAUCAGUAAGGCAGUGCAGAAGGCCUACCUGGAGGUGACGGAGGAGGGGGCAGAAGGGGCAGCUGGCUCAGGAAUGAUCGCCCUGACCCGGAAUUUGGUGCUGUACCCACAAGUGAUGGCGGAUCAUCCCUUCUUCUUUGUCAUCAGAAACAGACAGACUGGCUCCAUCCUGUUUAUGGGCAGGGUCAUGACCCCUGAAGUGGUGGAACCCAUUGAGGACUUUGAUUCAAUAUAACUUUGCUGCGCGGUGGUCAACUCUCAACCAGAUCCGAUUUUCUGACAUCAUAAACGCUACCUAUCCUCUCACAAUCUUCAGCUGUGUUUUAUACUCUUUCACAGAUGUUCUACGGUAAAUUAUAUAUUGAAAUACUAAUAUGUGAAGUUUUGAUACUGGAAGCUUUAAACACUUGGAUACAGACACGCAGAAAGUGUAAAUAAUCUCAUUCAGCUUGUUUGUAUAUGAGAAAGAACACAACGGUAAACCAGGGUAUCUCCAAGGUUUAAAGGAUUGAGUGUGUACUGUUAAAACAAAGGUCUUAAAAGCAUUUGCCUGCAAACAAAUGUUUUUUUUUUUUUUUUGUUUUUUUAUUAAAUGAUAGAUCCUCCACAAUUUGGCCUUAGAUUCUAUCAUAAAUAGUAUUAAAAUGGUCUUGAGUUUUACCUGAAAAACCAUGGAGGUACUCUGCAGUUCAUGCGCAGCCCUUUAAGUUUAGCAGCUUAGUAGUUACUUGCACCAUCAUAAAAGAUGCACAAAAUCUCUUCUGAACAGUAUUUAAUCUUUUUACUUACUACGCUGUAAACUUUGAACCUAUUUUAUUAUUCAUGUACAUUUGGCAGUGUGUUCUAUAUAUAUGCUAAGUAUUUAUUGCUGAAUAAACAUUUUGUCCUUAU